AUGUCUACCCUCACACACGGUGGCAGAAUCGUGCCCAUACUUACGACACACGGCCACCAAUUCCUCAAUUCCACAGCACCCAACCGUUGUUCACCCUCAUCGUUCCAGGCGCCGCUGCUGGCACAGCGGACGCAUUCAAUCAUGGAUCGUGAUGACAGUGUUGAUCCCUCUAACUGGGAGGAAUAUCUCCAGAUGCCGAGCCUGAAGGAACGCGGGCUGUUUGCAUAUCCAACUAAAGGCGAUGGAAACUGCAUGUAUUACUCCCUUUCCGACCAACUUUACGGAGAUUUCGAACAUGGCCAUGAGAUUCGGCAGGCCCUCGCCGACCAAAUGACCAAGAACAAGGAGUACUUCGUUCAGUUUGUCGUGGUGGAAGGCGGCGAGCGUCGCCGCACGAAGCGGGCAGCUGCAUCGGCCUACGGAACUCGUUCGGCUGAACUGGCCGUGCCAUCAGAGGAAGAAACUGAACGCCGGUUUGCUGAAUGGGUGGCCACUACCCGCAAGAAUGGCGAAUGGGGAGGUUCGGAGCAACUCCAGGCUUUUUGCCAGGUGUACAUGGUCGAUAUCAACGUCUACACCUUGGAGGGCGUUCAGACUUUCCGAGAUGUGAACGCUCCAUAUGAUGAACCCCGAGACGUGGUUCAUGUUGCGUUUCACAACUUCCGGCACUAUUCGUCCGUGCGACCACUAACCGGCACCCACAAGGGCCUGCUUGCUGUGGCACAACCGCAAGCCCUUGAGCGGGCUUCCUCGGAGGCUAAAGAGGAAAUGAAAGAAACCCUCAUUCCUCAUUCAGAAGAUCAGGCCCUCGACGUCAAGCCUAUCACACCUCCCUCAACCUCCUCACCAUCCCCCGACUCGAAGAAGGAAGAAUCUCUCAUUCCUGAUUCAAAAGACCAGGCUUCUGAAUCCAAACUGAUGACGCCUCCUUUGUCAUCCUCCCCAUCUUCUGAGUCGGAGAAGGUUGAGAAAGUUGAAACUGAGACCUCAGUUUCCGAUCACGGGCCAUCUCCUAGUGAUCUUACAACCAAGGCCGCCGACGUGGCCGUGGACGUCUUUCCGCCCUGGGACAUCAAGACGAUCCAGGACGGCCUAGGAGGGCGCUACGAUCGUAUUACUAUCGUCAAAAUGCUCGAAAAAUGUCGCGGCGAUAUCGACCGAGCAUUUGCCGCUCUCCUCGGCGAAAAGGACGAGGUACCCUCAGAAAAGGUGUCGAUUCCAGGGCCCAAUUUCAAGCCCAAUCUCCAGGCGUCACGGGAGUCCUCCCCGUACAGCGUCGGUAGCAAGCGUUCUGCCGACGACAGUGAUGAGUCCGAUGGGCAAGCCCCGACUGCCCGACGGACUCGCAACAAGAAGCGCAUGGUUUCAAAUCUGACCCUGGGCGUUGGGAUUUCCUUCCGAGAUGACCAAAAUGAGUUCGUCUCGCUCAACUUGCAUGUGGAACCAGGCGCUAAAGGAGCAGGGAGUGCGAACAAGGUCGAAAAGGCCGAAGCCGCCCAGAUAGAGGACAAGGCCAGCCCAAAUCAACCGGUGGCAGCCACACCUAAAGGUCCUCGGCGCAGUGGCCGCCUUUCAAAGCCUCGAGCGGCUUGA